CGACUCAGCGAGGACGAAAUAGCCAACCAUCCCCGUUCGAAAUGCCGGCAUCCCAACAACCGGCAUUUCGAAGGCCAACCAAACCGCUGCCAACCGUCCCACUCACUUAAAGCCACCAUAAAACCGACUGCACCAGCCCCCGACGCCUGGUCCAUCCACCUGGGUGGGUGUAAUGGAAGAACCAAACGCCGGAAGGGAAGGAGCUAGAGCAGGGCCGACACACCUAACACCGGCACACCGAAAACCGACCUCGGAGUAUGUGCCGCCCCAGCCAAACUCCCCACCUGACAAUGUCUUCCGCAAUUGAUGAAGAGGAAGUUGCUAGGACUCUCCAAAUCUCUCUGGAGCAGAACCUGGAAGCCAUCCUCGCUGAUGAUAUGGAUAACACCUUGGCCAAUGAACAACCUCUGAACAAGGAGACACCUCCUGAUAAUGUUGCUGAUACUCCUAUGGAACAACCUAUCAGCAACGAGGAGAAAGAGAAGGAAAAAGAACCUCCUGAUGCUGGAAAGAGUGGAGACAAACUGAAUGAAGAUAAAGUGGAUAAACCGGCUGAUGCAAAGAAAUCUUUUGCCUCCUUCUUCAAGAAAAAUAGGGCAGAAGAUAAGGGAAUGAAGCUUCACAAGGUUGUUGCUCCUAAAUGCUUUAUACUUGAAGAAGACAUGCUGACUGUGGAAGAAAUUUGGGGACCUUGUCUGGUGGGUUGCUUCACUGGUAGAUUCCCUGGGUUGAUAGCCAUCCAAAAACUGGUUGACAGUUGGGGAGUCAAGUGCAAGUUUCUGCCUCACCACCAAGGAUGGGUUGUCUUCAAAUUCCUUACCAAUGAGGAUAGGGAUUCUGCUCUCUUACAUGCCAAGAAGGAACUCAAUAAUAAGAAAUUGCUCAUUAACAUCCCCCCUGAUGACUUUAUGUGGGAUGUUAAGUCCUUUUCAACUAUGCCUGUUUGGGUUAAGCUAUGGAAUGUUCCCAUGAGGUUCUGGUCCUCAAAUGCCCUAUCACACAUAGGGUCUCAACUUGGCACUCCCAUGUACACUGAUGGCCUCACUCACACAGUGGCUUCCAAGUUGAGUGCUGAGGAUCGGGAAGAGAAUGAUGAGCUUAAAUAUCAGAAGCCUAAUUACUGCAGAAUGUUGAUUAACAUGGACCUAUCCCUUACACCUCCCACUUCUGUUGAGGUGGAUUUUGUUGGGGGUAGCUAUGUUCAAAAGGUUGAGUAUGAGGACAUGCCUCAAUGUUGCUAUCACUGUAAGUGUUUUGGCCAUGACCCCUUUAAAUGCUCAGUUCUUCAUGAGAUUAACAAGAGAAAAUUCAAUGAAGAACAAAAAGCAAGAGAGAGGGCUAGGGUUGAAACCCUCAAAACCAUAAUGCUUACAGAAGCACAACAACAACCACUGAAUGGGAAGGAACAUGGGAAAGAUGAAGUGAACAACAUUGCUGGAAACAAAGGAAAAGGAAAAGAUAGUUCAGGUGGUGUGGCCCAAAACCCAAAUGAUCCUGGCCCAUCCUUUACUGCCCAUAUUGAGGAUGAUGGCUUCACACAAGUUGGAGGGGGCAAGGGCAAACUUACAACACACCCUAUCAGAGAUGGAAAGCAGAAGACUAGAUACAACAAAGGGGGAGGUCAGACUGGAGGAUACAGAGGUGGGCCAAACAGAGGAAGGGGAAGGGGCUAUGGCCCUUACCAUUGAUGAAGGUACUUUGUUGGAAUAUUAGAGGCCUUGGCAAGGCCUCUAAGCAAAACUUUUUGUGUAAAUACCUUUUUGAACUUGAUGUCAAGUUAUUUUGUGCUUUAGAAACAAAAAUGAAUACUGCCAAACUUA